AGGUGUGAUGACACCAAGCUCAGUGGAGCUGUGUCAGGAAGAAAGAAACGGUGUCAAACCAGGGAUAUUAUGUCUGAAACCUGUGGGGACGUAACCCAGUCGAAACCUACGCCACCCACGACAGGAAGUGCAGACAGGCGCGAAUCCGGCGGCAAAGAUACAGAGUCGGCGUCGGACGAGGAGAACUGUCCGAGCGAUGUGUUCAGGAAGUGUGAAGAACAUCUUUCCCGUAUCAGCACUUGCACUGGCCUGCAGCAAACUAUUCACGAUGAAAUCAAGAAACAGGCAAAGGCAACAGAAAACGGAUGAGCAAAUUUGCCAGACGAGGUCCACUUCACAGAACCUGAGGACAACUUGCGACCAAAACACACUACCGUGGAGCAUGCAGUUGAAAAUACAAGACUGUGAGAGUCGGGCAGAUUUCCUGGCCAGUCGUAAGGAACAAGUGGUCACCGACCUGACCUCCACGUCACAGGAGCUACAGCAGUUUGACCUGGACGUGGAACCCACACUUCUGCUGUUGGUCAGGGUGUUUGAGCUACAUCAAGACAGUCACGACUCUUCGCUACGAAAUGGUUUCCAUCUUCUUAAGGCAGUGUCUCUCCGCGACCGACAUCUGCUAGAACAAUUCCAGCAACAUCCGACACACGCAGCCAUUGCUCUGGACGGAGAAGAAAUCUGUGAUGUCGCCAAAGUCUCGAGAGAGAAUAACGUCCUUUCACCAUUUCAGGAACGCCUACAAGGAUUUACACGAAUAUCUGAACCAACGAGUUCUAAAGCGAAUUACUUUGAGCAAAAGUCUAACGUAUCCAAUACACGUGAUGUUAAAGACACUCUUCUUCACUCGUCGUCUAAUGUCUGUCUCACUGAGAAGACGGAGAACAUACCUGUGGGUGCAGGAAGCGAAAGGGAUUCCAAAGGUUUGCAGGUGAGUAACGAGACGCCCGUGGCGACCGAGCUGGGUUGCCAUCAGAGAAACAAGGCGACCAUGACGGCCGAAUUGGGUUACCAUGAUAGUGACAAGGCGACCGAGUUGGGUUACCAUCAGAGUGACCAUCAGAGUGACAAGGCGAUCGAGCUCGAUUACCAUCCGCGUGACAAGGCAACCAUGACGACCGAGUUGGGUUGCCAUCAGAGUGACAAGGCGACCAUGACGACCGAGUUGGGAUACCAUAAGCCUAAGGACGAUUUGUCUCCAGCCACACUCGGCGAGGGUGGCGGAGAUUCGUCAAUGUGUAAAACCACAACGUCACAACCAGAACGGCAAACUGUUGAUCUGGAGCAGAACUCUGAUGUGGAAUCGGUCAAAUCAGACUCACCGUGCCACAGAUCAGUUGCAUCGGAAUCCUCAGGAUGCAGGGAUUCAAACAUUAACCAUUUCCACUAUGUGGAGCUUCCCCACGAUCUGAACCCAGGGUCUUCCGUUCGUCCUACACCUCGGAGGUCCAGCAUGUCUACAAACUUGUGCGACCGGAAUGGCGUAAACAAAUGUGUUGAUGUCUUGGACUAUUGCCAUGAGGAGAGCCUCCAGGCGAGCCAGGACAUUGUGGAGAUGUAUGAAGGGAAACCGACCGAGCAGACGAGAAUUAUCAGCAGAAAAAAGUCAAAGGCCUUCGCGGAUCAGAACAGUGGUAUCAAUAGUCUCGUGGGUAUGUCUUGCUACCGGAAUAUCGAAGGAGAAGUUUUAGAAAGCGUGGACACAAAUCAAGCCGCUCACAUAGAAAAUGAGGCUUCCCUGUCAUUAACCCUGAAGAGCGGCGAAGAAUUUCCCCGAGAAAAGAGCGACUCUAACACAACAGAAUCACUUCAGACCGAGGCACUGAUUGCAAAGUAUGCGGAUAGUUCGGUAACUGGGCGGCAGAAACACAUUCCUUACAAGUCUGAAUUUUUAAUGAAUGAAUCCCGAACUGCUAGCGUGAAUAAGGAACCGAGGCCACGAGAUCCUCUAGCGAGUUUUGACGAUAUGGACGAGAGAGGAAGAUGCUCUUCGCAGUGGGUCUGUGGUUUGCCGGCUAUGAGUAGUGAACAUUCCCAAGAAUAUGAUGAGAUGCGGACCUCGAGUCUUCUCGGGAAGUAUAUGUGGUCGCACAGGAAGUCCCCAUAUCUCAGUAAGAACUUCAACAACAGUGAGUUCGACUCGUCCAACGCCGCCACCGUUGCUUUGCCCGAGAAUGGCGACACUUUGGAGUUUGAGCAGUAUCACAAGUCCCCGAGUCAGAAGUGGAGUCGACAGAAAGUGAAAGUUUGCGCUGUGAAACCGCUGACUCCUGGCUUGGAUACUUACAGUUGGUCAACGGAAAGUGACGGCGAUAAAGCCAGUUGCUCUAAAGGAAGUAAUACCGACGAGGAUGCUUGUGUUGUCACAGCUGAAUCGCAAUGUAAGCCCUGGGGAAAAGAUACAAACUCCCAAGAACAGCUAAAUUCUGAAAAGACGGAGCCGAAACAGUUAUUGAUUCAAAUAAAAAACACCAAAGAUUCCACCUCAAGCAUAGGGUACACUUGUUCAGAGCAUGAACGCAGAAACGGAGAAGACACUGGGAGUAUUAACCAGAGCGCCGUUGAAGAGGGACUUCUCUGCCCUCUUUCAUCGCAUUGUGCAACAAUAAAUACUUUACUGGACACUUCUCCAGACCUACCUCGGAUUGUGAGCUCCGCUGAAUAUCCCCAAACUGUGAGCUUUCCAGAAUAUCCCCAGACUGUGAACUCCCCUGAACAUCUACAGAGUGGGAAUACCCCAGAAUAUCUGCAGACUGGAAGCUCCUCAGCUCCUUCUCAGAGUGGUUGUUCCGUGGAACAUCAGCAGGGCGGGAGUUCUCUAGAACAUCUUCGGAGCGGGAGUUCCCUAAGAUCUCUUCAGAACGGGAGCGCCUCAGAACAUCUUCAAGCCAUGAACUCAUGGGACUAUAACCAGACUGGGAGCUCUCUAGAAUGUUUGGCUAAGACUGGGAGCUCCCUAGAGCAUCCUAAGAGCGGGAGCUUCCCAGAGUAUCCUCAGAGCGGGAACUCCGCAGGGUGCUCUCAUUCUGUCUACGACGAAGAGGAUCCAACAUACAAGUACAGAGCCAUGUGUGUCAAUGGCAUCAAACAAACACAAAGGAGGGGAAUAGUGGUGAACUCAAUAAACUUUGAGAAUGCUUUGCCAAGAAAUCACGCUAACGGGGUCGUAUACGGGAGCCCGAUCUCGCAAAGUUCAUUAAAGCUGGAGAAAGAAGUUGACAACUCGUUAGUAUCGGGUAUUUUUAUCCCUCAGUUUCAGAAACUGCGUAGUCCUUUCGGGCAAUGGCUGUGGGGAAGAGAGGAUACCAUAGAUAGACUAGCCAGAAUAAACGCAUACGUGGAUUAUUAUGAUUAUGAACCAAUGCCUAAUAUAGGAACUGGCAUCAGGGCUGAAGGAUAUUCGCCAUUGUUGAGUUCAAGGUGGUCUCAAGUUCAUAGCACGCCUUUGUCCACGUCAUGUUCCUUCCUCGACGCAUGCUAUUAUCGCAGUGGUCGAUUUGAUGGCAUAGAGCACGAACAGGGGGAGGGCGCAGAUGGAGGGCAAAGGUCAAAGAAAAGACAGAAGAAAGUGAGGUUCAGCAAUGUGGUAAGCUAUGACACGCCUUGACAAGGAUCAUCAAAAGUGAAGGCGCCUGAUGAGAGAGACGUUUCUCAACUCCCAGAAGAAAGAAAAUGAAAGUGGAGAUCGGUGGUGUUUGU